UGUUCUCGGUGCCCCACAGGCUAAAGCGGUUGUGAAUCCGAGGGGCCGGGCCGUGUCCGGGGGCGCGUUUGGACGCGGAGCAGCCGCCAGAGCAGGACCUGGUCUCCGGUGAGGACUACUUGUUGAAGUUUAAGGAAGGAGGUGUCUUCUCAAGGAUCCUGGCUGGAGAAGACUGAGGUUCAAUGCUUGAAGUCCGAGCACUUAUCCCAAGAACAUAGAUGAUGGCUGCAGAGGUGCCAAGAGUGACUAUUCCCCUGAGCCCCUCAGUCCAGGGGCCUCAAGGGGAUGAUGAGCAGGAAGAGGUCACCACCAUGAUCCUGGAGGAAGACUCCUGGGUACAGGAAGCCAUACUGCAGGAGGAUGGCCCUGAGUCCGAGCCCUUUCCGCAGAAUGCUAGCAAAGGUAAUCCUGAGGAGGAGACAGCCGGGGGGCCACAGGGUGCACUCGGUGGCCUUCGGGAACUUUGUCGGCGUUGGCUGAGACCAGAGGUGCACACCAAGGAGCAGAUGCUGACCUUGCUGCCAAGGGAAAUUCAGGCCUGGCUGCGAGAGCAUCGGCCCGAAAGCAGUGAGGAGGCAGUAGCCCUGGUGGAAGACUUGACCCAGACCCUUCGAGACAGUGAUUUUGAGAUCCAGAGUGAAAAUGGGGAGAACUCUAAUCAAGACAUGUUUGAAGACAUCGAAUCACAUGAGAUGUUCUCUGAAGUGCCUGAAGGGGAAGGCAUCCACCAGUCAGACUGGGAAAGCGACUUUGAGAGAGACUGUGGCUCCAGGGGACCCCAGGGAAAUGCCCCUGGUGAGGGCUGUGGGGAGGUGCCAUCCCGGGUCCAGGACGCUGGACAGCUCAUAGGCCUUCAGGGCACUUACUUGGGUGAGAAGCCCUAUGAAUGUCCCCAGUGUGGCAAAACCUUCAGCCGGAAAUCCCACCUAAUCACCCAUGAGCGGACCCACACAGGAGAGAAGUACUACAAAUGUGAUGAAUGUGGAAAAAGCUUUAGUGAUGGUUCAAACUUUAGUAGACACCAAACUACUCACACUGGGGAGAAACCUUACAAAUGCAGGGAUUGCGGGAAGAGCUUUAGCCGGAGCGCAAACCUCAUAACCCACCAGAGGAUCCACACAGGAGAGAAACCCUUUCAGUGUGCUGAGUGUGGCAAAAGUUUCAGCCGGAGCCCCAAUCUCAUUGCUCACCAGCGAACCCACACAGGAGAGAAACCAUACUCGUGCCCCGAGUGUGGAAAGAGCUUCGGCAACCGGUCCAGCCUGAAUACGCACCAGGGAAUCCACACUGGAGAAAAACCCUACGAAUGUAAAGAAUGUGGCGAAAGCUUUAGUUACAACUCCAACCUAAUUAGACACCAGAGAAUCCACACAGGAGAGAAACCAUACAAAUGUACUGACUGUGGGCAGAGGUUCAGUCAGAGCUCAGCUCUCAUUACCCACCGGAGAACUCACACGGGAGAAAAACCCUAUCAGUGCAGCGAGUGUGGGAAAAGCUUUAGUCGCAGCUCCAACCUGGCCACGCACCGGAGAACCCACAUGGUGGAGAAACCCUAUAAGUGUGGGGAGUGUGGGAAGAGCUUCAGCCAGAGCUCCAGCCUCAUCGCACACCAGGGCAUGCACACAGGGGAGAAGCCCUACGAGUGCCUGACGUGCGGGGAGAGCUUCAGCUGGAGCUCCAACCUCAUCAAGCACCAGAGGAUCCACACAGGAGAGAAACCCUACAGAUGUGGCGAGUGUGGCAAGUGCUUCAGCCAGCGCUCCCAGCUGGUGGUGCACCAAAGGACCCACACGGGCGAGAAGCCCUACAAAUGCCUCAUGUGCGGCAAAAGCUUCAGCCGAGGCUCCAUUCUGGUUAUGCAUCAGAGAGCCCACUUGGGAGACAAGCCCUACAGGUGUCCCGAAUGUGGGAAAGGCUUUAGCUGGAAUUCGGUCCUCAUCAUACAUCAGCGAAUCCACACAGGGGAGAAGCCCUACAAAUGCCCUGAGUGUGGCAAAGGCUUCAGCAAUAGCUCCAAUUUUAUUACACAUCAGAGAACUCACAUGAAAGAGAAACUUUACUGAAGUGGCAAAGAGGGGAGGUGAGGGAGCUGCUCCUGGAGAGGGAAUUGACACACCACCCCGAAACAGUGAUGGCCCUUCAAAAGAGCCAUUCUUCCUAACUGCUCUUGGGGAUUGUUGCCAGAAUCUUACCCCUGCUCACCCUCAUCUCUAGGAUACUGUCAUCUUAGUGGUGGAAGUCAAACCCCCAUACAGAUUAAAGAACAGGGCAUAGGAAUGGAAGGUCGGGAAAGUUGGUUCCCUCUCCUGAUUCCUCCGUGCCUCAGUUUCCUCUUUGGUAAAACGGGGAAAUGCUUCUCCAUGUGGAGUGGAACAGUGUGGCCCACAAUGUGGGCUGAGUCCUCAGAGAAAUACUGAAAAUCUAUUCAUGGGGUUCUGGUUGCUCUGCCCCUGCUUUGUUGGGCUAAGGUGCCUUCACCCCAAACUGCUAGCAUUCCGUGCCCCCAACCCACCCCACCUGUGUCAGAACCAGCUCUUCCUGGGCAUAGUGCCCUGGGCUUUGGUUUCAGGUCAAGGUGGAGGGGGUUCUCAAAUUCCAGUUCAUCCACAUGAAGGAAAAGCCCUUCUCUAUUUCCAGAAAGUGUCAGAAGCACAGAAACAUGAGGGAAUAUGGCCUAGAACCGGUAUCUUUUCCAUUGAUAAAAGUUGACAGGGUCUGCCAAGAAAGGCAAAAACUGAGGAGAUUUGAGUGUUUGCUUUUGUCGCUGCCUCCUGUCCUGUGUUCAGUUGGCUGCUGGGGGCAUGCACUUAUUCUUGCGGGGAUUCAUUUUUUGAGUGUGAAGUGAGGUUGAAGGCUCCUAACUGCCUACCCUGGUGGUUGAUAGUUCUGUCUCACCAGUGGUGGAAUAGCCCUGCACUUGUAGGACAGGCUCGUGUCUUUACCCCCAGAGAUGCACAGCCCCGUAGUCACUUUUAAAUUGCUCUAUGCAUUUGUUAUUUCCCUCUUCUUAUAUUUUAAAUUUUAUAUAUGGAGAUCUAGGAUUUUGUCUGGUAGCUUACUGUAUACUUAGAACAUUAUUUUUAAGGAAGUGCUGAUUUUGAGGACACAUCAUCUGUUUCCUGGAGAGAUUUGGGCUUGAAUCAGGAGUUCUUCCUACAGAUGUCAACCUUGUUCUUGGGAUGCUGCCAGGGCAUGUGCUUGGGGUCAGUGAGCCUUGAAACGGUUAGGACAGUGGGACAAUAGCAGGUGAAGGGGGUUGUUAUGAGGGAAGAGAAUAGAUAAUGGUGUUUCUGGGAAAUGUGAAACCACCUCCUCCUGUACUCAGAAUGGGCCUUUGGUAUUAUGGGAUGGAUGCUCAAUAUUGCCUAAUAAAGUG